UCAGGUGAUAAGGCUUCCGAAGCGCCAAAGGCCAAGAGGAAGACGCAAGCGGAGCUUGAUGCGGAGCUUAUGGAAAAACUGCAAGGGCUUGACAGCGAGGGAGGAGCAGCUGGUGUUGAAUACGAAGAUGGAAAACCUGCGUCUAUGAAGAGAAGUGUGCGAAACAACAUGUUCAGAUACAUAUGA